AAACAUCAUCAAGUCAGUGAAUCUGUAACACUACCUUAGGUAGAAAAUUCAAUGGAUACAUUAAGCACAGUUUCCCACUGCACGCCUGGAUUGUAAUUCUUAUCCCAUCACAGCCCAACAGAACACCACACAUCAAUGGACAACGAGGACGUUCAGAUACGCACAAGAACUCCGGCUUUCCUUCCCUCGAUAUCUAAUGACUUCCUAUCUGGGUUGCGUCUCUGCGUUGGCUCCGACCUAGGUCGGAUUUCCAGGCAACACCACGGGGAGGUGCAGAGUCCGACUUCGUCGCCCGACCCCGAAGGGCCCCCGUUUCACCCCGGGACGGGUCCUAUAUAUCGCUACCUGACCCCGAAGGGGCCCCGUAUUAGUACCCCAGGACGGGUGUCUGCUUUACCCCAGGACCGGGUGUCUGCUUUGCCCCAGCACCGGGCCGCAAAGAAAACAAAUGCCAGGACAGAGCCUGAAGACGCCUAAAAUCCCAUUGUAGCGUGGUAUAAGAUCAAGGCAAAAGCCUGAAAGCGCCAUCCCAAUCCAGCGCAGUCAAAAUGUCAAGUCCAGUGUAUGAAAACCCCCCCAAAAAUCGUAAG